CUUUAAAACUUCCUGUACAAGGGGAUUCGUAUUCCAAAACAUUGUGUUAGAUUCGCAGAACUUUUGGGCUUGUGUGUGGUUUGUAUGAUCGUUUUGUUCUCAGUAAUAGCUCAAUAUACUCUGAUGAACAUGCAAUGAGACCUCUUAAGACAACGUUAUACACAAUAACGAGGUCUAAUUGUUUUUAUCACCAAGAAAACGAAAAUGAUUUUUCUCGGUCUAUUCACAGUCUGCUCAGUGUUGUGAGUGUGUUGUAAUGAUAGGACCUCCAAGUCAAGUGUACCCUCUCAGAGUCAGAUUUCGGGAAGUAAGGAAGUCGGUCUAUUCACAGUCUGCUCAGUGUUGUGAGUGUGUUGUAAUGAUAGGACCUCCAAGUCAAGUGUACCCUCUCAGAGUCAGAUUUCGGGAAGUAAGGAAGUAAUAGUCGAUAUGUAAAUGUAACAACGCAGUUUACCGAGCGCAGCUUACAAGCUCAGUUACCGACUGUGGGUCUCGCUUCACAGAUCUCGAGUGCCUCUUCGAUCCUUGGGGGUUAAGUCAGAUCGACCUGAAUCAUGGAUCCCGAGCUGCUCAAGGGGAGGAAUAAGUUCCUUCAGCGAGCCAAGGCUCAGCCGUCCGUAGAGAAGAGAAAGCACAAAGCUGAUGAAAAUGAUCACAAGUCCAAAAAACAGAAGAUCAAAUCAUCGGCGCCCAAACCCAAACAGGCUCCUCCACUGGACUACAAGACGGCCCAGGGCAGUUCUCAGUUCAAGUUUGGAGUCCUGGCUAAGAUCGUCAAGCACAUGAAGAUUCGACAUCAGAAUGGCGAGCCGGAGCCACUGGACAUUGAGGAAAUAUUGGACGAGACAAACCAGCUGGAUAUCGGCAGCAGGAUGCGACACUGGCUGCACACAGAGGCACUCAUAAACAAUCCGAAGAUCAUCGUUGUUGAAGAACGCCACUUGAAGAAGUUCCUGUUCAAACCCAAGUACGCGGUGAGGGACCGUAAGAGUCUGAUGAAGCUGUUGAAGAGCUACGACCUGCACGGCCGAGGUGGGAUUCUCAUGGAGGACAUCGAGGAGUCGCUGCCCGAUUCAGCCAAAGUCUUCAAACAGCUGGGAGAACACAUCAUCUAUGUGACUAGGCCCAUUGACAAGAAGAAGGUGCUCUACUACAACGACAAGUACUGCCAGUUCAAAAUAGAUGAAGAAUUUCAGAAGAUGUGGCGCAGCGUUGCGGUAGAUGGUCUGGAUGAGAAGAAGAUCGAGGAAUACCUGGACAAGCAUGGUAUCUCCUCAAUGCAAGACCUCGGACCCAAACCUGUUGCUGCUGUCAAGCGGAAGAAGGGUGGGAGUCGGAAAGGAAAACAGUUCAAGAAACACAACGACCAUCUUGACAAUGUUCUGGAAGACUAUACCAUCGGCAUCGCCAACAAGAAGACUUGACCUGCAGGUCGACCUGCCAGUGGAACUGACAAAGUGAAAAUCGGCUUUCCUUCUGUGAAGCAGUAGGAAUGGAACCUUACUUUUGUAAUACUUGAUUCACGACAUGAUCCAUGGGAUUAUCUUGUGUGAUGCCAAGAAAAAAUACAAUCAUGUUUAGAUGCCGGCCGUUUUUUUCGCUCCAUGGCAGCACCACCUGGGAGAAUUCUGGAUUAGAUUUGGUCGUAAGAGGCCACCAAUUGGAUCAGGUUGUCAGACUGUGUUUUGCGUAUCCUCGUACGCCGACAAUGUGGAUCGCUGCUCACAAUAUCAAUCACUGGAUUGUCUGGUCCAGACUUCAUUAUUUACAGUCCGCCAUUGUAUAGCUGGAAUAUUGCUGAGUGGGGCGUUAAACAACAAACGAAAACAAAACUUGUUACCACACAAACACAUGAUCAAAUCGAUUAAUGGACUUGGUGGGAUGAAGCUAUAUUGUUUAUGUGAACCAGAUUGUAUAUCAUCAGAUGUUCAAAUAAUUGUAACAGUUCGUAUCUUGUAAGUUCAGACAUGAUUUGAUUUACAAUGUCAUGACUUCACCGACAGUUGGAUAUUAUCAUGGAUUUCAAGCAUGUGUCGUAAAGGAAAUCUUUGCCAAUGUGUCGUCAUGAUAACUUUGUAUCGUCAUGCAUUGUGUCAUCAUAAAAUCUCAGUACCCAAGAAGAUCCGGGGUAGGAUAGGUCUUCAGCACCCCAUGCUUGCC